AACUGACCAAUCUGAAUAUCAUACAUAAUUCCUUUGAUAACGAAUAAUGUGUUUAACAUGUUGUAGCUGAAAUUUAAGCACUUUUUGUCGAUCGUGUUGUCAAAUCGUCUACACAAAUAUUUAAUAACAUUACUAUAAAAUUGUAUGAUUAAUUUUUAUCAUUGUAGUGUUUAAUUUGAUUUCAUGGCUGAAUUGCAAGAUGAUGAAGACAUAGGACCUUCUGAAUUAGAUAGAACAUUUAUUUUUGAAGAUGAAGGACAUACACUAGGUUCAUUAAUAACUUAUGUUUUAGAAAGUUUUCCAGAAACGGAUUUUUGUGCUUAUUCCAUUAGACAUCCAUCAGAAAAUAAAAUGUAUUUAAGAUUAAAAGUUAAAGAGGGAAAUACUGUUGAAGAUGUCUUUAAACAUGGUAUUCAAGAACUUAAUAAAAUGUUAAAUCAUGUUAAAAAAACAUUUAAAAAAUCCAUUUCUGCAUAUGAAGAAAAUACAUCAACUGCAUAAAAAUUAUUAAUUAUAUUAAAAUAAAUUAAAAUCAUGUGAAAA